AUGUCCAACGCAUUAGAGAAAUUGAAGGAAUUCACUGUUGUCGUAGCAGACACUGCUGACUUUGGAGUGUUGUCCAAGUUUGGCUCAGUUGACAGCACAACAAACCCAUCAUUGGUGUUCCAGGCUUCAGUGUUGCCACAGUACAAGCAUCUGAUUGAUGAUGCCGUCGCCUACGCAAAGAAGAACUCAACUGACAAGCAGACACAGCUCUCUCUGUCGAUCGACAAGCUCUUUGUCAACUUUGGUCUGGAGAUCCUCAAGAUCGUGCCCGGCCGUGUCUCCACAGAGGUCGACGCUCGUCUCUCCUACGACACCGAGGCCAACAUCAAGAAGGCUCGUGAGCUGAUCGCUCUCUACGAGGCCGCUGGCAUCAACAGAAACCGUGUACUCAUCAAGCUCGCCUCCACCUGGGAGGGUAUCCAGGCUGCCCAGGUGCUCGAGAAGGAGGGCAUCCACUGCAACAUGACUCUGCUGUUCUCGCUCGUGCAGGCUCAGGCUUGUGCCGAGGCUGGCGUCACACUCAUCAGUCCAUUCGUUGGUCGUAUCACCGACUUCUACAAGCAGAAGGAGGGCAAGGACUUCCCCGCCAAGGAGGACCCAGGUGUCCUCUCGGUCCAGGCCAUCUACCACUACUACAAGAAGCACGGCUACAAGACCGUCGUCAUGGGUGCCAGUUUCCGUACCAAGGAGCAACCACUGGAGCUCGUUGGCUGUGACUUGCUGACCCUCUCACCAAACAUUCUCGAGGCUCUCCAGGCUGCCGACGCUUCGUUGGUCACUCCAAAGCUCUCGGCCACCAACAUCCCAGGCAACGUGCCAGCCAAGCAUGUUCCAACCGCUGCCAACUUCCACUGGGAGCUCACCAACAACGAGAUGGCUCACUUCAAGACUGCUGAGGGUAUCCGUAACUUUGCCAAGGACCUCGUCAAGCUUGAGCAACAGAUUGAGAAGCUCUUGUAA